GGUAAAGUGACUGGUAUUGAAAUUGAAUUUAUAUUACUUCUUUAUACUUUUGGUUUAUUUAUGGGAUUGUAUACCAUUUUCGUUUUUGAAAUAAAUAUUAGGAAAAUAGUUCCACAGAAUGACACAAUGCAUUGUCAUCCAAGAUGUAUUUCAAAAGCUUACUUUUAACCCCAGCAGUUAUUAGAAGUGUGAUAUGCUCUGAUGUACAUAUUUCCUGCAGUAGUCAGUCAGGGCCCAUUAACUGGAGGUUCAGAAGAUACCAUGCUGGAGAAUAUUGUUGGACAAGCUGGAAAUCAAAUUGGUUAUCAGUUCUGGGAUCUGGCUCUACGAGAACACACUCACAUGAGAAAGCAAAGUCUUAUGUGUGCAUCUACAACCGAAGAUUCUUUCGGCAGUUUUUUUCAUUUUGAUGACACUGAACACUUGAGAAAAUGGCAUGGUAUCCACAGAAUCAGUUGUAAAGCAAGGGCCAUUUUAAUUGAUAUGGAAGAAGGGGUAAUCAGUCAGCUACUUCGAGGACCUAUACGAGAUGUUUUUGACAGUAGACAACUUAUUACUGAUGUUUCAGGAUCAGGGAAUAACUGGGCCGUUGGACAUAAAGAAUAUGGAUUAAAGUACAAGGAAAAUAUAAAUAAUCUCCUUAGAAAGGAAGCAGAAAAAUGUGAUUUUUUACAAUGUUUCUUCAUCUUGCACUCGAUGGGAGGAGGAACUGGAUCUGGUAUGGGAACAUCUGUUCUUUCCAAUUUGUCUGAAGAAUUUCCUUCGGUGCAAAGGUUUGUAGUACCAGUUUAUCCAUCCAGAGAGGAUGAUGUGGUUAUAUCUCCAUAUAAUGCAGCCUUGGCCACUCACCAACUAAGUAGGUUUGCUGAUUGUGUGUUACCUGUAGAGAAUCAGGCUCUGAUAAACAUUUGCAAUCAGGUUUCUAAAGCUCUUCCACGUAAUGCAUAUAGCACUGGGCAAACUCCAACUAAUAUUUCUCAUCUUAAACAAGAAAGUGUUUUCACCUCAUCUCUGGGAGUAUUAGCAAAACAUUGCAAAGAAAAACCGUUUGAUCAGAUGAAUAACAUUGUGGCAAAUUUGCUUCUAAAUGUCACAAGUUUUUCAAGAUUCCCUGGCAGUUUAAAUAUGGAUCUGAAUGAGCUUGUAGUGAAUCUUGUUCCAUAUCCUCAACUUCAUUUUCUUGUAUCUAGUUUUGCUCCAAUUAAUGCACUAGCCAGUGGUGAAAUAUUAUUACGUGGGAUAGACAACAUGUUUACUGAGGCUUUUUCUCCAUACCACUAUCUUUUAGAAACCAAUCCCAAGAGUGGUUUAUACUUAGCAUGUGCUCUCAUGCUUAGAGGUCAAGGUCAAAUUUAUGAUAUUAGACGUAACCUUAAUAGGUUGACCCAUGGCUUUAACUUUGUCCCUUGGAAUAUGGACAGAUGGAAGAUUGGAUUGUGUGCAAUACCUCCCAUUGGCCAUCCUUAUUCUUUGGUGACACUUACUAAUAACACCUGCUUUCAACAAAAUUUGUUAAGAAUGAAAUCCAGAUUUCUUAAACUAUACAAGUGCAAGGCUCAUCUUCACCACUUCUUAAAGGUUGAUGGGAUGGAGAGUGAAGAUUUUGAAACAUCAUUGUCCUGUUUGUCUACUCUGAUAGAAGACUAUCAGUCACUGGAUAAGUCAACUGCAAAUGCAGCAUUGUUUACUCAACCAAGGUUGAAAUUAUUUGUAUGAAAAAGUCAUGCUGUUGUAGAUAUAAGUAAGGUAUAUUGUUACGUAUUAGAAUUUUAAAUGAUCUGAAAUUGAGUUAACUGAUAAUUUAAAUUUAGUAGUUAACUUGUA